AUGUCCACGGAGUCUCUGCCAUCAUCGGCUGAGCCAUCCGACUCUGUGCCCACGCCCGCCACCGACAACAACAACAACACCACCACCACCAACAGCACUCCUGCUGCUGCUGCCACUACCGACAACAACAACAACAUCAUCAUCAUCAACGGGUCGGCGGCUCGCGGUAAGUCUCGCCAUGCCGCAACGCCCUCUAAGCCUGACAAGCCCGAAGAGGCCAAGACAGUCAACGGCGCGCACUCGCAGCCCAUGACUGCCUCCGACUCGACCUCGUCCGAGGUGACUGCUGUCAUGGAUGCUGCCGGCGCUCCUUACAGCACCCGGUCGCGCGGCCGCAAUGGCGCCCAGCGUCCCAACUAUGCCGAGGACAUUGAAAUGGACUUUGAAUUGGCCAGUCCUGCCCCGGCCGCUACCAAACCUGCCUCUGGCUCGGCUAAGCGUAAUAAUCAUAGCCAGAACCAGAGUGCCAAUGGCUCUCCGUCAAGACUGGCCGACAGCGAAAAAGGUCCCGCGGCCAGCACCCGCAAGAACCAGGCCCAGCCCAAUGCCGCUGCAAAGGACGCGAUUCCCGGCACCUCAACGUUCUCCGCCAGCGUCUCCAGCAAUGGCGGCUCAGCGGCUUCGGCAACGACGCGGAAGCGAAAGCAGCCACCCAACGGGGCCGCCCCCAAUGGCUCUGCAAAGAGGCAGCUCACCACCGCAUCUAGUCCCAAGCGCGACAUUCGCCUUUCAAACAUGAUGACGUUUGAAAACUCCGGCGCGCGCUUGAAGAAUGGGAAGCUCAAGGCCGACGAUGGCACCGUUCUCGAAGUGAAUGAUCAUGUCUAUUUGAUUUGCGAGCCCCCAGGCGAACCAUACUACCUGGGUCGCAUCAUGGAAUUUCUCCCCGCAAAAGGGAACUCAUCCGGCCCCGUCGAGAUGGUCAGGGUCAACUGGUACUACAGACCCAAGGACAUUCAACGCAGAGUGCCAGAUCCGCGCCUAGUCUUUGCGUCAAUGCAUUCCGACCCAUGUCCUCUCUCAUCGCUUCGAGGAAAGUGCACUAUCAAGCAUGUUUCUGAAAUCACGAGUCUAGACGACUAUCGCAGAUUAAAAGACAGCUUCUGGUACGACAAAAUGUUUGAUCGAUACAUGCAUCGCUACUACGAGGUUGUGCCGACAAAGGACGUGAUCAAUGUACCGAGCCACGUCAAGAAGGUUCUCGACGAGCGAUGGAAAUUUGUGCUAUGCGAGCCGGCACGAAAGAAGGAGCUUACUGGCGCCGUCAAAACGUGUAUCAAGUGCGGGCUAUAUGCUGCUAGUGCCGAGUCGGUGGACUGCGCCGUGUGCCACAAUACUUAUCACAUGAACUGCGUGAGGCCGAAAUUGACGAAGAAGCCAGCGCGCGGAUUUGCUUGGGCGUGCGCUUUGUGCAGUCGCGCGCAAGAGCGGAAACUAGAGGCGCGCAACACUCCCUUGAUCGGUGAGGCUCUACCAGAGGUGGAAGAGGAUCUCCCUGAAGAAGAGGAGGAAGAGCCCGCCUCGAAUGGCACUGCCGUUGCAACUGGACGAAGUAGCCCUGCAAUUGAUGACAGCAAGAAACCUGCGCCUGCUACGGCCGCUCAAAUCGCCCAAGCGAAAAUGUGGCCGUACCGAUAUUUCGGCAUCCAUUGUCAAUUGGAAGAUGCGCUGGACUAUGACGACCGCAUCUAUCCUCGAGCAAGCUCUCGUAUCGGCACACGGCAUCAGGCGAUCGUUAGCCCAUGGUAUGGCAAGCCUGUUGAGUACGUCAAACCACUUGAUCCGAGAAAAAAAUCGAAAGCCUCGGGUAAAGGUGGAACCAGCAAAUUGUCCAAGGAGACGCAAGCCGCUAUCGAGGCUGAAAAGCAGGACAGACUGAAGCGUCCGUGGGUCAUGGAUGAGCCUCCGGGUUACAUACGCCGAGGCGAGGAUGAACCAGUUCCGCUCAAUGGCAAAGAAGUCCGCACCGCAGAUUUACACUUCAAGUUGCCUGAGCCCAACCAGAUUCCCUCUUCUAGAGGCGAGGACGACUUUCCAGCGCCAGAAUUGAGCCUUGAAGACCGGGAGAAAUUUAUCGACGAAUACAUGAUCAAAGCUAGGGAUCUUGCGGCCGAGAGAGGCCUUCCCAAGUAUCACACAAACUUCUUGGACAAGGCUCUGGAGUAUCUUUAUUCAGAGAGCUUCAACGUGGACGCUGCACUCAAGCGCCUCAAAAAGGCAGAUCUUUACAAGGAGCUUAAAGAACCGAAGCUUAACAAAGAGCAAAAGGCGCUGUUUGUCGAAGGUGUUUCUAAAUUCGGUUCCGAAUGGCUUAACAUUCGCAGGUACAUUGGAAAUAUCGAGCCUCGACACGUCGUCCGUUAUUAUUAUAUGUGGAAAAAGACACCCGAGGGUCGUAAAGUCUGGGGAAGCUACGAGGGACGCCGUGGAAAGAAAGAGGCUAAGCGAGCGGAUGCUUCGUCUAAAUUACUAGAUGAUAUCGCUGAUGAACACGAUGAUUCGGCAUUUGACAACGACAAGGCAAAUGAGAAAAAGCGCGGUUUCCAGUGCAAGUUCUGUCUGACUCGCUCUUCUCCUCAGUGGCGUCGUGCUCCUCUUACAACUCCUGGUGCUACUGUGCCAGCCGAACCCACCUCCUCGUCAUCGUCGUCAAAGAAGGGGGAUAAAAGCGUCCAACUCGCCGUGGCGCUGUGUCAUCGAUGCGCCAUCAUGUGGAGGAAGUACGCUAUCGAGUAUAAAGACGCCGAUGAAUUAGCGAAGAAACUUCAAGCCAGUGGGAACAAAGCCUGGCGUCGCAAGUUGGACGAGGAGUUGAUGACUCAAAUGCUAGUUUCAGACGAGACGCCAGCCGCUGCUGCUGCUGUACCAACAGGGGCCGGCGCGAACGGGUCUUUAGCAGCUGAGACCACAACGGAGCCAGCUAAGAAGAAAGCACGAACGCUACUAGAUAAGGAUAGUGCGAGCACAUCGGCUAGGAACUCCGUCGAGCCACCUCCCAAGAAGAAGGUAGUUGAGAAACUCGUUGAACCCGCACCCAUCAUUCCAGAUCCGCCGCGUGCAAAGACACUACCAUGUGCAGUUUGCAAAAAGAUCGAUUCUACUGGAGAGAGCAGCGUUACAUGCAAAGAUUGUCGACUUACGGUCCACCGAGGCUGCUAUGGAAUUGAGCCUGAGAGUUGCCACGCAAAAUGGCUCUGUGAUAUGUGUUCGAACGACCGCAAUCCAAUAGUUUCGACGCGCUAUGAAUGUGUUCUGUGCCCUGUCACUUUAACGGAACAGGAGUUGAUGGAAGCACCCAAGUCGACGACGAAUCAUAAGAAGAAAUCUGAACGAGACCGUGAGAAGGAAAGAUUGGAGAAGGAAAUGGUUCUAGAAGCCAUUAAGCUUUACCAGCAGCGACAAGAAGCUGUGUGCAAGCCUAUCAAUCCACGGGAGCCAUUGAAGCGGACUGUGGGCAACAACUGGGUUCACGUCAAUUGUGCGGUCUGGAAUCCAGAGAUCAGGUUCGGAAGAGCGGAGGAGCUGGAGCCAGCAGAAGGCUUUGGUCUUAUUUCUCGAGAACGCUACCGAGAAACGUGCAAACUCUGCAAGACUUCGAACGGAGCUUGUGUUUCGUGCCAUUACCCGGGUUGUAAUGCCAAGUUCCAUGUCGGAUGUGCGCUUCGUGCAAGUUACAUAUUUGGCUUUGAUGUAACGCCGGUCAAAGGGUCGCGCAAGGACUCGACUCUUAUUAUGAAAAUCGGUGGGGAGGCUGGAUUAGUGGUACCGAGCAUCUGGUGUUCCUCGCACGCCGUGCAGACGAUUGUUCAUGAUAUCAGCGAGCCCACUGAUCAUGAGGGACAGAGUGCUUUGGAGCUUUACGUGCGAACUUACAAGCAAGCCGAUCUCAGCUUGACAGGAACCGUUCGCAAAGCCGCGCAUGUACCGCAGCAACAGCAGGUUCAUCCUGUAUCUCAAAGCAAUGGUUCCCAUCGACGAACUUCUACCAUCAACAGCACUACCGGUGGUCCAGCAAGCAUGGGCGAGAGGAGGAAUUCUACGGCCACGAUUCAGGAUACUACAACGGAAGCUGUUUCGACUAGUGCUCCUGCACCAGAACCUGCACGCCUGUCAAUUGGAGGCAAAUCGUGCGUCUAUUGCCAAACAAAUUACAGCCCUCGAUGGUGGCGGGUCGACAAUCAAUACAAGGGCGGCAUGGUUACCAACGGCAUGGGUCAUCUAGUGAAUGGUGGUGCACCACCUAUGCACUCGCGCACCAUGUCGUCGACAUCAGGGCCCUACAUAAUGAACGGCGAUUACACCAAGCAGAAUGAUGUCUAUGAAUGUCACAAGUGUCAUAUUAAAAGGCCAACACCGCCACCUCACACCUCACCCGAAACAUACCAAACCUUCCCUACUCAGCCUGCAUCGCUAGUUCCUAUUCAACCUGCACUACGACAGGCUGAGUACUCGCCAUUUAUGUCUCAUGGACAUCCGGGUGCACAGAAUAUGUUGGCAGGCCGUCCUCAUCCUGGUCACCCUGCGCUGCCAGGUACAGCUCCAGCUCCAGCUCCCACGGGCCCUGAGUGGUACAGUAGUUACGACAAGCAACCUGGUCAUGGGCUUAAUAGCACGGGACGCCACUCCAAUGGGUUUGGUCAGCAUGGUCCCUUUCCUUCACCGGGCCCAUUGCCUCAUUUGAAUGGCUACGUUAGUGGACCAGCGCCGGCUCCGGGAGGUACACCUGCGUCUACACCAUCUCACAGCCAUGGACCAAGCCACCUCGGACCUCCUCCAACAACCACUCAUCACCCGGGACCAGGACACUAUGGAAGCAUGCCAUCCACCUUACCGCCGCCACCACCGCCGCCGCCGCAUUCAUAUGUCGGUUCUGGGUAUGGACCACCGCCUAUGCCGUCGCCGCAUGUACCCCCAGCGCGGCCGUUUGGGACUUCGAUGUCACCGCCUGAUCUACACGCGAGCAUUGUGCAUCAUUCGCCAUCUCACGGGCUCAAUGCGGGGCCACCGCCUCCUCCGCAGCGACCGCGCAUGUACUCUGUUGACCGGCUGGGACAGUCGCCUUCGAUGAUGUCCAAGGUCGGAGAUCAGCUGCCAGGUCCGUCAAGUUUAUCGGAUGAGCGACCUCCUAGCAGCGGGCGAUACUCUGUUGCGGGUGCAAGUGCAGGUCCCAGCGGAACGAACGCGAGCAACACGAAUGGCAGUAGCGGAGCCAGCGCAAGUCCGUCACUGAAGAAUCUACUUUCUUGA